AAAAAAAAAAAAAAAACCCUAAAUCAGAACUAAAGUCCAACUAACGGGCCUUCCUCCCGUAUUCGGUAAGUUGCUGUCCUCACACCCCUGCAACUUUCGCUCGUCCGAUUGAAUGUCUGGUCGUUUCUUUCCAUCGGUCCAGACGGCCCUCGUCCCUUCUUAUUUUAUUAUUUGACUUACGCUUUCCCUCCUCUUCCUUCCGUUCUACUUAUUUCUCCUUUCUCCAUCUUGCACGGUCCUAAAUCGUCAAGUCGUUGUUUUGUUCUAGCCAGCAGUGCUGUGCGCAUCGUGUCUUCUGUUCUCCCUUGAAAUCCCUUGCGCGGUUUCAUAUAUAUUCAUCUCCACGUCCAGCUAGCUGGAUUCACUUUUCCUCUUUUAACCUCACUUGUUAAUUCUCUGUCGCAUCAGACAUCAAUUGGACCUAUUGUGAAUAGAUCCUUCAAUCCGUGAGCAUCAUGGCCGCCCAAGAAAACCCCCAAGCGUUCGAAAAGGACUUCGGAAACAACUCCGAUGGCAUCAAUGGAGCUGCUCCCACCCACCAGCUGUCCGCUGAGGACACAGCUAGGGCUGCUGCGCGCUUCGGAUAUGGUCCUCUCGCUCACGUCAACACCGCUGAGGCUCAACUCCGUCCCUUCGGUGGUGAGUUCCAACCUGGUCUAUACAAGUCUGUCGAGCACCGCAAGUUCGGUAACCCAGCCCCUCUGGGCCUGUCUGCUUUCGCCCUCACCACUUUCGUGCUGAGCGCGAUUAACAUGGGUGCGCGUGACAUCGCUGAGCCCAACAUUGUGGUCGCUUUGGCUUUCGGCUAUGGUGGCCUUGUUCAAUUGCUUGCUGGCAUGUGGGAAAUGGCCGUUGGAAACACCUUUGGUGCCACCGCUCUGUCUUCUUAUGGUGGUUUCUGGCUUGCUUUCGCGAUCAUCCUGACCCCAGGUGGAUUCGAGAUUGCGGAGGCUCUCGGAGGCGCUGGUACAUCGCAGUUCGAUAACUCUUUCGGAUUGUUCCUCUUUGGAUGGUUCAUCUUCACCACUAUCCUGCUGUUCUGCACCCUGAGGUCCACCGUAGCCUUCUUCUUGCUGUUUUUCUUCCUGGACCUUACCUUCUUGCUCCUCGGUAUUGGUUAUAUCCACCGCAACUCCGAGAACAAGCCCAACCCCCCCGUCAUCAAGGCCGGUGGCUUCUUCGGUCUCCUGGCAGCAUUUGCAGCUUGGUACAACGCCCUCGCCGGUAUUGCGGACAACAGCAACAGCUUCUUCAUCCUCCCCGUCGCCCAUUUCCCCUGGUCUCCUACUGCUCGCAGCCGCAAGUCCGAGCGCGAGACCGCUUAGAUUAUUGCGCGGUGCGAAGGUCGAUGAUCAUAACUCGAUUGGGCCGGGAUCUUGUCCCGGCGUUUCCUUUUUUGUCAGAUACCCAUUCUUGUAAGAUCAUUGCUGCGAGAAUGUAAUGUCGUGUCAGCAUUCUGCAUGUUGUAUUGCAGAUCAGCUUGGCCACCC